ACCGAUGGGAGCAGGACCUCUACCUGGAUUCUCUGGACCCUCGCAAACACCGGUGACCCCGACGCCGAUGCCCCAGGGUACAACGAUCUUGGGAGGAGGAGCAAGUACGAGCAGAGAACACGAGGCUCGUGAAGCGGUACCCACGACAGUCCCCGCCCCGUUACAAGCGGGCCCGGUCGCGACGCAGCAAGCAGGGCUGAUAACGCAAACCAUGGUGCCGCCAACAGGAGGAGCACCACAACCCCCUGCUCAACAAGUGGUGGCCAUGACGAGAGAAGAAGUGCAGAGGAUGGUGGCCGACGCGGCGGCGCAGGCUGUGCAACAAGCUACUCACCAGACAUCCCAGGCUGCCACUGCACCGACAACGGUGCAAGGAACACAAGAGGAGGAUGUGUCGAGUUAUGGCGGAGGAGGGGAGUACAGGGACAAAGCUAUAGAGAGGAUGGCCGAACAGCUGAGGCAAUUGCAGGAGAAGGUGGAAGGGAGGCCAGAAAGACGUGCUCGAGGACACCCAUUCUCGAGGGAAAUUCUAGCUGCGCCAUUACCUGCAAGUUUUCGGGAAAUAAACCUGAUUUUCGAUGGAUCGAGUGACCCGUCGAGGCACGUGAGAGCAUUCGAAAACAUGCCAGGACCAUGUCGAACGUCGCUGGCAAAGACGCCUGCUCGAACUUACGAUGAGGUGCUCAAGAGAUGCAAGAAAUACAUUAACUUAGAAGAAACGGAAGCAGAAUUCGCCAAGCUCGAGGACGUUGUGAAGCCCGAGCAGAAGAAAGGAAAAACAAGUUUGCCCAGAAGGGGAUCGCCUAGGAAAAAUUCUUCAAAAGGAGGAUCUUUUAAGGGGUCGUCGCCCAGGAGGGGUGGGCAAAAUUCGUUCCGAGAAAGGCGAGAAGAUCGCUGGCAGGGGCGACCUCGGCUACCAAGCGGUCAGAGAUAUAAUCAUUUUACCCCUAUCAACGCCCAGAUGGGCGAAGUCUUAGCGGCCAUAGAGGAGAAGUUGGAAAGCAAGGAAGUCACCUGGCCAUCGACCAGGUUCGAGGGACCGACCAAACUAGGUCGAAUAAAUACUGCAGAUUUCAUAGGGACUACGAACAUAAUACAGAUGAUU